AAAAACAGAACAAAAAAAAAAAAAAAGAAAACGUAUCAAAGCGCUUGCUAUCGAGGGAUGGAGGGGAGGGGAGGAAGUAAACGACGAACGGAUCACAACAGAAAAAGACCCGAGUCGAUCUUGCAGUAGAUAAUCAAUUAAAAAAAGAAGUAAAGUGACCCAAACAGCCGAGUGGAGUUUGAGAACUGGAGAGAGAUUUUUGAAUGGUAGCUCAUGGGGCAUCAACCAGCAUCGGGCCCAAUCUCUCGUGUACACAUCAAAGCUUCGUCCUAGCAACCGAUAGAACGCCCCGUUGCCGAGUAAACAAUGCCGUCAUGGGCGGUGAGAGAACCAAAGUGAUCAAAAGAACAGUUUGUCCGAUGCCCCCCCGGGCAUCUCGGGCACUAAGCCUGUUGGGGAAACUCUCCCAGAACAGCUUAGCGACGGAGCAUCGGUAAUGCAACCAAUGAGCGGUGGGCGCACAAAAGCCCUGAGCAAGCCCUGAUUCUCAAGCGAAAAAAAGAACGUCGACGGCGGAGACUCUCUUUACUCGACCGAAGCACAUCGACAACCAACCCCAUCGACCUUGUUGCCGCCGGGACUUUCACAAUGAAGUUCAUGAAAGUGGGCCGUGUGGCCAUCAUCACCCGUGGCCGUUACGCCGGUAAGAAGGUCGUCAUUGUCCAGCCUAACGACACUGGCUCCAAGGCGCACCCCUUCGCCUAUGCCGUCGUUGCCGGUAUCGAGCGUUACCCCCUGAAGGUCACCCGCCGCAUGGGUAAGAAGACCGUCGAGAAGCGCAGCCGCAUCAAGCCUUUCAUCAAGGUUGUCAACUACAACCACUUGAUGCCCACCCGUUACACCCUCGAGCUCGAGGGUCUCAAGGGCUCCGUCACCAACGACACCUUCAAGGAGGUCUCCCAGCGUGAGGACGCCAAGAAGACCGUCAAGAAGGCCCUUGAGGACCGCUACACCAGCGGCAAGAACCGUUGGUUCUUCACUCCUCUUCGUUUCUAAACGGGGUUUUUUUGGGCGUUAUGUCGUUUGAGCGCGCAAGGUCUUAGAUGAGGCAAGAAAAAAAAGGGCAUCGAGCACAUUCGGUUCAUGACACAAGAGGACGGAUACCAUAGCUGGCGGACGCAUGGGGGAAUGUAUCGAUGUACAAGUCCAGGACUUGGCCAUUUUUCUUAUUUGAUAAUGAAGGAGGCCACCGAGAUCUGGCGUCCUCGCAAUGAAAUGGAAAUAUGAACAAAUUCAAAAUCUUCCUUUGUCUGAGAUGGCUACGAUGUGACUACUACAGAUUCCCGGACUCUUAGCCGUGGCUUGGACUCCCGCAACACUUAAGUCUCAAAGUUUU